AAGCUGUUCGCGUCUAUGACCAAUCAGAGACGCGAGAUUUCAGUGCAGUGUUUAUCGCGAGACUUCCUUUCUUCCUUUUCCCUUUCCCCCACCGUGUCCAAGAUGGGAGUUGACAUCAGACAUAACAAAGACCGCAAGGUGCACAGAAAAGAGCCAAAGAGCCAGGAUAUCUAUCUGAGGCUCCUGGUCAAGCUCUACAGGUUCCUGGCCCGCCGCACCAAUGCUCCUUUCAACAGGGUUGUCCUGAAGAGGCUCUUCAUGAGCAGGAGCAACAGGCCUCCCAUUUCCCUGUCUAACCUGAUCCGCAAGAUGAAGUUGGCCGGCCGUGAAAACAAAAUUGCUGUCGUCGUGGGAACAAUCACGGAUGACGUCAGGAUCCAGAAUGUGCCCAAGCUUAAUGUGUGCGCGCUCAGGAUAACUGAUGGUGCCCGCCGCAGGAUCCUAAAGACCGGAGGCCAAGUGAUGACUUUUGACCAGUUGGCUAUGAAAGCACCUAAAGGACAAAACACAGUCCUGCUGUCUGGUCCUCGCAAGGCCAGAGAGGUGUACAGGCACUUUGGAAAAGCUCCAGGAACUCCUCACAGCCACGCCAAGCCCUACAUUCGUUCCAAGGGCAGGAAGUUCGAGAAAGCUCGUGGUCGCAGAGCCAGCCGCGGCUACAAGAACUAAUUUCUCUCUUUGUUUACCAUUCAAUCUGAUUCAAAUAAAAGACUGGCUAAACAAAAUAUCA